AUGUCUUACAUUACGGAGAACACCGUCUGGCCAACAGCCACUCUCCUGAAGCCCGAGAUCCAAGAUCUUAUCCGCCACUUUUAUGUCUUGGCCGAUCUGCCCGAUCCACAGGCUGGAGUUCAAUAUGCUGCUGACAUCUUCACCCCAACGGGGGUUAUGAAAGGUCCAUUCGGCCCCGCAGACCUUUACGUGGGGACAGAUGAAAUCAAAAAGUCCAAACUCAACGCUUGGGGGGCCAUAACCUCCCGUCGCCACCGCAUCAAACGUGUUUUUGUUGCCGACGAGGGCGGACACGAUCUCAUGCUUAUCGGUGAAGUCGAUUUGGGGCUUAAAAAUGGAAAAUCGAUCACGAAUGAGUAUGCGGCUCGUAUGUUGGUUGACCAGGAUAUUAUCUAUGAGGGACAUCCGCGUUUGUCACUUAGUUUUGUUUGGUCUGAUACGUCGCCCGUGAUGGCUGCAUUGAAGUAG